GACUAUACAAAAACCCUCCACAAACAUCUUCCUUCAUCGUGCGACCAUUGAGUUUUCGAUCUGUGUGUGCUCUAUCCCCCCUCUUCGACACCUGCAAAACUUGAUCGAAACCCUACCCAUCCAAAGUCACCGGUCUCGGAAAACCUUGAAUUUCUACAAUGAGGACGAAGAAUGCUUCUGUGUCUUCCUCCAGGAAUGGAAACGAUGAGUAUCAUGCGGAAGAGAGGAUGAAAGAGCACAGCGGUAGCCCAAAGCCCACACAAGGAACACUCGAGGUUCCGGUGAUAAAGACGAAGGUAAAUUCAAUGGACUUUCCACAUAUGAAGCUGACUGUGAAGUCUUCACUGCAAGACUUCCAAAAAUUGAUGAAAGAAAAGUUGUGCGAUCAUAUGGAAAUCCUUGAAGUGUUUAGGAGAGAUUCUUCUUUUGGUGCUCUCCUUGAUGUCCAACUUGUUCCCCCUCCAGCCAUGUUAUGGCAGUUGAUGGUUAGGGAGGCUAAUGUGGAAGGAGCAAAAGGUUCUGAAAUGUGGUUUGUAUUAAAUGGAGUUCCCAUUAGAUACUAUCUAAUGGAAUUUUCCUUGAUUACUGGACUCAAAUGUUCACAACUAGCUCCCGGAUACGAAGAGCAGUAUGAUAAGGAUUCACUACCUGUUUUCGUUAAAGAAAACUGGUCAAAGGGUGUGGUAUGUUACACUUCAGUUGUCGAGAGGUUCUCAAAAUUGUGCCAGCUACUUGACGAUGAAGGGAAGAAAGAGUAUGGACUCCAGUGGAUAGUGAAGGUGGCGACAUUGAUGUUUGUUGUUCUCGUUUUAAUUGGUCAUGCUAAGAAAGAUGCCCCAAUUCCGAAAUGGAUCCUUGCCACUGUUGCAAACUCUGAUGAUUCCAUGUCUUUCCCAUGGGGGACAUGGGCAUUCCUGGAGUCCCUCCGUAUCCAAUCUUUGGGGAAGGACUUAGUUUCAGAAAAAAAGAAGCUUGUCAAAGGCGGGAAAACAUCAAACACCCUCCGAUACACUGGCUUUGUCCUCCCCUCAACCAGUGUUAGGAGCAUUCUUCCAGAAGGAAGUGAAAUACGUGCCCCUUGGAUCACCAGUCUGACCUCCUUGCCUUCUGUUUCCAAUCCAACUCUUGGAGAAUUCGUAAGGGGAAUCCAAGGUGGUGACAAGCAUAUUCAAUUAUGCAUGAAAAAACUUCUGGCCCAAGCAAGUGAAGAUGAAGUUCCUGUAGGAAGGAAUUCAUCUAAAGAUGAAGUUCACUCUUCAAGUGAGGGGUCAGAAGUCCCCUCCAAAAAGUAUGUCCUUAGGAGGAGAAAAGUAUCAAAGCCGUGCACCCCACAUGAAAAGGCUGAGCACAGACCUAUGUUGGAAACGCAGAGCCCUCUGUUGGAAAGGACAACCAAUAUCAAGGCUUCAUCUUUAAGUGGAAAUUCUAGUCAAAUCUUGCCUAAUUCACUGAAAGAUUACAUUGGUGGUAAAUUUUCUGAGCUUCAAAAGACGCUAUGUCUGGAGGUUGAAAAUUUCUUGGAAAGAAAAUUUCAGACACUAGAUGAAAGAAUUCUCUUAACCUUACUUGCAUCCUCAAAGGGAGGGACUGACGAAGCGAAGGAAUACGAUGGGAAGAAAGAAGAGCCGGUGGAAGUGAAUGAGGUCGACCACUCUAUACAUGAAGGGGUGGACCAUAAUGAAGAGGAUGAAAUAAAAGAUGGGAAGGAAGAUGAGAAGGUCGACCCCCCUUGUUUUGAAUGGGUGGACCAUAAUGAAGAUGCUAUUAAAGAUGGGNAAGAGGAAAAAAAAGAUGGGAAAGAAGAAGAUGGGAGGGAAGAAGUUGGGAAGGAAGGAGAUGGGAAGGAAGAAGAUGAGCCCAUUGCAGACAAUAUGGUCAAGCUCUCCAGUUUUGAAGGAAUUCCUGAAGAGAAAGAUGAAGAAGAGGUUGACCAAUUUAAAGUAAAGAAUAGGUGUCCACCAAUCCAGGAAGAAGAAGAGGAAAAGUUUGCAGUUGAGGGAGAAAACAAUGAAGAUGAGAUGGCAAUGAGUGAUAAAAUUGUCCAUGAUGUUGUUGAAUUCUGCAAAUCAACUGAAAACAAUGUUGAUGAGAAAGUUGAGUCCGAUGGUGACGUCUUGAGAGAACUGACAGAUGUGGAUGAAGUCGCUGCUGCACGGCCUGGGAAAACGCACGACCCUUUCCUCUCUUCCCUGCGUCCGUUUCUUCAGCCGUUCUGCUCGUUGCUUCUGCGCUGUUCACCGAAGACGGGAGGCAACGAAAGAAACCACCGCCAUCUCCAGCAGCGCUGCCGUGACUCGCCAUCGAUGCCAGUGGUUCCGAGUGACGUCCUAGUCCCGUCCCUCCAUCGCGCGCAACAGGCCGGCGAAAUCAGAGAGUUGCAGCGGCAGUUCUCCCUCCUCGGUUAAGCUUUGAAUUCGUCAAAUUUCGAGGUAGGAACACAGAAUUUGAUCGGCAACCCGGAGGGCAGUGAAGUGGUGGUGGUGUGGAUGGCUCUUGUUUACUUUAGUAAUUAAACUACAUUAUUUUAUUUGAUUAUAUGGAUUGUUGGACGUUACUUUAGUUUUAUUAUGCUUCCGCGACUUUUGGACUUGUUUUAUUACUCCGAUAAAUUUUGGUUUAGUUU